AGGAGGAGGUGAGUCGCUCCCUGGAAGCGUCCGUCGCGUUGACUUAGCUGUCUGCGCCUGCGUAACAGGGUCUUCCCGAUUGGGGAGGCAGAACGCGGCGCGGCGACGUCAUCCCUCGAGGAGCCGCUGGCGCGAGGAGAAACGCUUGUAGCCGCGGCCGGUUGUGAAGAGACACGAUGAGCAAAGCGCACCCGCCGGAGCUGAAGAAAUUUAUGGACAAGAAGCUGUCAUUGAAACUAAAUGGCGGCCGGCAUGUCCAAGGGAUACUAAGAGGAUUUGAUCCAUUUAUGAAUCUCGUAAUAGAUGAGUGUGUGGAAAUGGCACCAGGAGGACAACAGAACAAUAUAGGGAUGGUGGUAAUACGAGGAAACAGCAUCAUUAUGCUAGAAGCCUUGGAAAGAGUAUGAAUGAACCAGUGGAUUCUGCUACAAUGUGGAUAUCUCUGUUUUUGUAUUGUAUAUUUUACAGGAAUUGCACGUUCCUUGUGAUUUUUUUUUAAAUAAAUGGUUAAAAUUG